UCAUGGUGGAUAGUUAACCGGGGUAAAAAGUGUACAAACGAUGAGUGACGAACUUAUUUCUGUCAAAUAGUGGUUAAAUUAGUCUAGAUCGAACAAGUUUAUUUAUUUUAAUAUUAAGAAUAAUAUUAAAGUACUUAGAUAUAGGUCAAGGGCAUCUACAAGUGAAUUAACCGAGAAAAAUAUAGAUCUAACCCGCAUCGAUGUAAUUAUUAAUCAAAAACUAGUCUACUAGCGCGAGAUAAUUAAAAGUCUGUAUUUGGAUUCUUUUCCUCUUCGAGUUUUUCUCAUUUUAACGCUUAACCAUGACACGAUUGAAUCUUGAGGUGAAAUAUUUGACGCAGGAACACCUCACGGGUUUCGAAAAUUAUAAGUACAGCUGCCUGGACACAAGUCCGCUGAGCAUCUACAUAAUGCACCCAUUCUGGAACAAAGUGGUCGAGUACUGUCCAAAAUGGGUGGCCCCAAACGUCCUGACCUUUGCCGGAUUCCUCUUUACAGUCUUCAACUUCCUGAUGUUCUCCUACUACGACUACUACCUGUACGCGUCGAGCGAUGACCAGCCGGACUUCAAGCAGAUUCCCCUCGGGGUCUACGCGUUGGGGGCAUUCAACAUCUUCAUGGCAUACACCCUUGACGGAAUAGACGGCAAACAGGCGCGACGUACACAGACAUCUGGGCCUCUUGGCGAGCUGUUCGAUCACGGACUGGACAGUUGGACCGCGAUGCUCAUCACCGUCUGUAUGUACUCAGUUUUUGGUAGAACAGAGCACAGUGUCUCAGCCCUGAGAAUGUACUUUAUUCUGUGGAAUGUCUUCAUAAAUUUCUAUCUGAGCCACUGGGAGAAGUAUAACACAGGCGUGCUAUUCCUCCCCUGGGGCUACGACGUCUCCAUGGUGGGGACGAUUCUCGUCUUUCUCGUGACCUUUUUCGCGGGCCACGAGUUCUGGAAGUUUGAUCUCCUCGGGGGUCUGACUGCGGGCAUUAUUUUCGAGACCCUGCUCUACGCUAGUGCCAUAGUCUCCAACCUUCCCGUUGUCCUCUGGAAUAUCUAUAAGUCUUACAGAGACAAGACAGGCAAAAAUCGAACGCUUGUCGAGGCUCUGAGACCGCUCGUGUCGCUGGUGGCUUUCUUCGCGAUCACCACUUUCUGGAUUACCCACUCCCGCAGCGAUAUUAUUGAGAAGGAUCCGAGAAUAAUUUACUUCGCCAGUGGAACGAUAUUCUCCAAUAUAUCGUGCAGGCUCAUUGUUGCUCAGAUGAGCAACACUAGGUGCGAACUCGUGCCCUGGAUACUCCUUCCUGUGGGAGGGGCUGCUGUCUUCAGUUAUGUCAUGCCGCAGUAUGACCUUGUCACAAUGUACGUGGUGGCGGUCGCGUCAUUGCUUGCGCAUGUUCAUUAUGGCACUUGUGUGGUUCGUCAGAUGUGCCGCCACUUCCGCAUAAAAACAUUCCGUAUACGAGAACACUCAGAAUGACUACUUGCCGACGAUGCAUGUUAAAAACGAAGACAAUUCUUCCUUCAUUGAUUGAGGGAAGAUUGAUAUAAUGCACACGUGUUUCAUCAAUUAUCAAUUUACUGACGAGAGAAUGAUUCAAUGUGUAAACAAAAUUUAUAAAAAAAAAAAAAAAAUUCCUGAGGAAUUGAAUACUCAGAAAAAGAAUUCCAAAGAGCCUUUCAAUGCCCUCUGACCUCAGAUCUGAUCUCUUGUCUUGAUUUUCCAAAGAUUGUUUUUUUACCCUUGAUUUUGAGUAUAAUUUGGCAUGAUUCAAACUUCUGGUUUGCCCCGUGUGUUGAUAUUGUUUUGCAAUUGAGCACUUCUUCGUUGUUACCAUGCGUCGUCCCUCGGACGAUUAGUUAAUAAUUAUAUAUUUAUGGUUGCGUGCCAUUACCACUGACCCUUUCCCCUACAACUUCAACUCCUCAGUCAUUAAUGGUCAUUGGUGAGGAAUAAUUAAUUAUUCGUUCAGAAAAUAGAAAAAUAAUUUCUAUUUCUGUCAAUGAAUCGGACGCAUGAUGUCCUUCAUCAGGCAAUACUUAUUCUUAUCAAUCCAUUAGUUCGAUAUCUUCGGGCUGAAUAGCAUGCUUCAGGGGUGGAGGGAAAUGAUUGCUAAGAUGGAGGAGACUGCAUGCAAAAUGUUGACAGAAGUAGAAAUUGUGCAGUAUUCUUGGUUUUCUUUUUUAAAGAAUAAUUCAGCAGAUAUGUUUCAUUACAACCUUUUUUGUGCCGUGAAUUCAAUUUUACAACAAAUAUGAUUGUAAAAAUGCCUCUAUUUGUUCAAAAAUUGCCCAACUCAUCUUGCUUUACCACUUCAUUAUGGAAUUAAUUAUAAGAUAUAUUAAUUAAACCCAUGACUAUUAAUAGCUGAGAAGUUAAAUCAUGUGGAUAGUUGAGAAUGGUCGAAUGAGUUAUGUGACAGCACUAACACGUUCACCAUUUCAUGAGCGUGUUUUUUGUUUAUGAUUUGCCGGAUGAAGAGGGCCUAAGUCUAUCAAAAAACUGCUCAAUUUUAUUCUGCAAUUAUUUAUGAUCAAAGAAAAUCCUGGUUUUUGUCCUGGUGAUUCUUGUAAAUAUUAUUAUAUAUUUGGAAUGAUGAUUUCUGAGAUGAAAGAACCAUAGUGGCUCUUAUGAUAUUCUGUUGAUGUAAGAUUUUAUCGGAAUAUUAAAUUUCAAUAAUUGGAACAACUGUUUGAUAUGCGUUGUCAACAUGAUCUGUCAUUCGAGAGGAAAAUUUUUAAUGUAAGAAGCGAUGUACAAAACUAGUCCCCAUCUCCAAAUCUACUGUCUAAGUAAUGAAGCACCUUGUAGCUUACCGAGAGUCAAUGUGUAUGUAAAUAUCAAGUGUAUGUACAUCAAUUGCAUUUAUCUGACAUACUCUGGACGAAUGAUAAUGUAACCAAUCAACCACUGAACACUUUCCGGAGAAAAGUUUUCGUUCUCCUGACAAUAUAUGUUGUAUUCUGUACGUGAAUGAUUUCAGAAUCAAAAAACUUGAUGAUGUAA